AUGGCACUCCGAUUUAUCCGCCAACUGUACUCGCUGGACACCCUCGAUACCCGCUUCAUCGUGCCAGCGACGACACCCCCGAGGGAGGCUCUCGAGGAAGCGAAACUCGACCCAGUCCGGCCAUUGCCUGUAGAAUCUGCCAAAGGAAAAAGCCCAAGUCCAGGCGAACAUGUUCAUCCGCCUCGAUGGCGCACAUUGGAGUUUUACUUCUACUACGUGUCCAUCUCUGCGAGUAUUUACUUUAUGAUCAAGCUUGUGCAUGAUUCAUCUGUAGAGUCACAUGCAAGCUACAAAAACUUCUCACACCUGCUCUCAGACGGCUGGAUACCAGGGCGCAAAGUGGACAAUGUCGACGCGCAGUAUGCUGGCUUCCGGCAGAACAUACCCUAUCUUUUCCUCGUAGUAAUGCUACACCCUCUUCUUCGCAAGGCUUACGAUUCAUUCUGGAGAGCAGGAACCUACACUCAAGUUGGUCCCUCGGCUGGAAAGGGUGGUCUGACCAUGGGCUUGACUCCUGCAGCUGCUGCAGAUGCCCGCCUCGAUCAACGCAUCUCGUUUGACCUUAUCUUCGCUGCAAUUUUCCUCGUUGCCUUGCAUGGCUUUUCGGCCUUCAAGAUUGCUGCCAUUCUGUAUGCAAAUUACUGCAUUGCAAAGAAGAUUCCCCGGUCCUAUGUGCCCGCCGCCACUUGGAUCUUCAACGUCGGUACUCUGUUUGCGAAUGAAUUCUCCAGAGGCUACUCGUACGCUAGUAUCAUUGGUACUUUUCUUCCAUCUGUGGCAUCAGAGAAAGGCCAAGAAGCCUACAACAUUGGCCACACACUCGACAGCUACGGUGGGCUAAUUCCUCGUUGGGAAGUCCUCUUCAACUUCACCAUUUUACGCCUCAUAAGCUACAACCUUGACUACUAUUGGUCUCUCAGCUCUCAGAAUAGCAGCAGCCCCUUGGAAAAACAACUUGAUCCCUCCAACCUGUCAGAACGCGACCGCGUCACCAUCCCUGCAAAACCCAGCGACUUCUCCUUCCGCAACUACUUUGCCUACGCAAUGUACUCGCCCCUCUACCUCGCGGGCCCUAUUCUCACCUUCAAUGACUAUAUUUCGCAAUGCCGCUACCGCACCCACAGCAUCACCACCAAGCGCAUACUCAUGUACGCCCUCCGGUUUGCCGUUGUGCUGCUGACCAUGGAAGUAAUGAUCCACUACCUCUACAUGGUCGCCAUCUUCCACGCAAAACCCAGCUGGAGCGCCUACACCCCCGCCCAGCUCAGCAUGCUCGGCUUCUUCAACCUCAAGCACAUCUGGCUCAAACUCCUGAUACCCUGGCGCUUUUUCCGCCUCUGGGCCCUCCUCGACGGCAUCGAUGCACCGGAGAACAUGGUCCGCUGCAUGAGCGAUAAUUACAGCGUCACGCAGUUUUGGCGCGGCUGGCAUCGCAGCUUCAACAAGUGGGUUCUGCGCUACCUUUACAUCCCGCUGGGCGGCAGCAGGGCGCCCGGGCUGUGGGGCAAAGCGCGGCAAGUGGUGAAUUACCUCAUGGUGUUUACGUUUAUUGCGAUUUGGCAUGACAUCCAGCUCCGACUGUUGAUGUGGGGCUGGCUGGUGACACUCUUCGUGCUGCCGGAGAUUAUCGCCAGCGCCAUGUUUCCCGAGAAGAAGUGGAAGGAUAACCCGGAUGCGUAUCGUUGGCUUUGUGGCGUGGGUGCCGUGGGCGAGAUUUUGAUGCUCAUGGCGGCCAAUCUGGUGGGCUUCUCACUGGGCGUCGAUGGCUUGAAGGAGUUGGUUGCGGGUAUCUUUGGGACGUAUAGUGGGUGGAGCUUUUUGGCGACGGCAUGUGUGGCUUUGUUUACCGGGGUGCAGUUUAUGUUUGAGUGGAGGGAGAAUGAGAAGAGGAGGGGGAUUAGGAUGAAGUGUUAG